UCCAACCCCCUCUCUUUAUCUCCCAUUUUUUUAGUUCUCACCUUGUUCUUCUUUUUUGUCUCCGUCUUUCUUCCUUGGCUUCGUCACUCCAUUUCUUCUUCUCAAGUCUUCAUAAAGCUCUUCUGCAAUUUAGCCAUCUCUCUCUCUCUCUCUCUCUCUCUCUCUCUUGCGAAGAAGAAUAAAUGGCAGAAUACGAGAGAAAGGAGGAAUUCAUCUCCAAAAAUGGCCAUGAACAUGAGGAGACGACAAUGGGACAAAAAUAUGGAGGACUAGUACCAAAGAAGAAACCCUUAAUAUCGAAGGACCAUGAACGUGCUUUCUUUGAUUCAGCCGAUUGGGCCUUAUGCAAGCAAGGUGCAGGAAUAAAUGAGAAAUCAACAAUAGCUAUAGAGACGUUGCGACCAAAAUUAGAGAGAACACCUCGUCAACGUUUGCCUCCUAGACGACCUACUUGUGUAUCAGGAAGGGACAACCAUGGAGAGUAAGAGGUGUAUAAAUUUCAGAAAAGGGACUUCAAGGCUUGCUCGCGGGCCGAUGAUGAUUUGAGUUAAGGAUAAAACUUCUUUUACAAUGUUGGACUAGUGAAAUCCAAUACACUAAACAACUUUUAAUGCAUGAGGUACAUGCUAAUGCAAUAUCAAAAUUGGUUUUGGCGAUUUGAAUGCUAGAAAAAAGUUUACUGUACAUUAUUCAAGUGGCAGAUAGUUUCUCGACUACAAAAACAUUUCUAUUUGGCUAAACAAUUGUGAAUGUCGUGUACUUUCUUUCUUGU